CAGCAAUACAAAAUAGUAUUAUUCAUGGAUUUAUUAUAUUCUGAGGACAGCGAAGAAACGAAAUUGAUGCUUACCCACAAAGUUCAAUUGACGCAUAUAAAAAUGUAUUUACGUGAAGAUACAAUAAAAUAAAAUAACCCCAGAAGAGAUAUUUAAACAAACCUUCGAACAUAUGUUCAUAAUGUAAACGACGGCAACUUCAAAAUUAAUAAAUUGUAGAACCAUCAAAGCGGAGUAAACUGACGACCAAUCGUUCCCGUCACUGGCGAAUGUUUCAGCAGCCACGGAAUAUCGGAUAUUGUUGGCGAGUGGUUAAUAUCGCUUUACGGAACUCCAUAGAUCAGAAUAUAAUCAAAGUGAAAGGGUGUUCCUUAUUACGGGUUAAUAUUCUGAUGCUGUCUUGAUUCAAUGCGGCGAGCUUUUAAUUUAAAUGUGUGCAAUUUUGAGAAGGAAAAUUGCUCAUUGCUGACGGCAAAUAGAAGGAAUUAAACAUUACAUUCCCAAGUUAUCGGACGAUUGUUUCUGUUUGAGUCGCAUAAACAAAAUAUGUGAUUUAAAUUACAAAGCGAACCACGCGAGCAGACUGAUUUCAAAUAGAUAAUGACUAUAUUGUGACCAAUAUAAUAUUAUGUCGGAUAUCGGAACAGACAUGCCAGCGGAGCGUGCAGCAGCUGUUUCAACUGAUGAUGCAACUGAGCCUAAAGAAUACACGCAAACGAACAUAGCAAUAACAAGCGGAAUUUCGUUGGACGAAACGUUACCUCCGUAUGACCUUACACCCGAUGAUGAAAUAGCAGAUAUAGCCCCAGUUCCGACAAACAAUGAAGGUAACAUAUUGUCGUAUAUGCAAACCCCUACUAUUGAGCAAACAGUGACAAAUCUUGGACGAAUGAACGAUAAAAAACAACGAAGCACGCGUUGUUGUUUGUGCUGCAGACGAACCAGCGCAGACGAACUUACGAUCAACGAUGAGAACCAAUCGGAAGACCGCAAUGGUGCAAACUUCACGUUUAUAUUGGACACAGCGGAUAACGAUGUCAUAAAGAAAAGUCCACCAGUUGCAGAACCCAUCCAACGCUCAGCCACAUUGCAAAUUAACCAAACAGAUACCAAUCAAACAUGUCAGAAACGUUGUGCAAAGUUCUGCAAAAAGUUUAUGACUAUCUUGUUUUCAAAUAUAGGACUGUGUGCUGCCGUGGUUGCAUGGUCGGUUCUGGGAGGAUUUAUUUUCCAGAAUCUCGAAGCCCCUAACGAGAUUCAGAAGCGAUACUUUAUUGCCAACAGAAGGGCAUGGUAUGCGCAGGCGCUAUGGAACCUCACAACCUCGCUCGACAUCUUUGAUGAGGACAACUACACCUUAUCCGCGAGCAAGAUACUAGUAGACUUUCAGAACGAGGUGUUAUUGGCCAAGAAGGACGGCUGGGAUGGGUCGGACGGACAUGUUGAGCCACUCUGGUCCUUCGCCGGUUCACUCCUCUACUCCGUCACAGUCAUCACAACUAUAGGUUACGGUCAUAUUGCUCCAAAGACGUUCGAAGGUCGGCUGGUGACCAUGUUCUACGCCAUGAUAGGCAUUCCAAUGACGCUCUUGUGUCUGUCCAACAUGGGCGAAAUCCUCAGCGACUGCUUCCGGCUUCUUUACAAGCAUUUGUGUCAGCUGUUAACCUGGAUGUGUUGUCCACCUGAGGAAAGUUUCACAAAGCGGCGUAGUAUGACCCCAUCCAAGAUGGCACAGUCUAGAUCGGGAUCAACGGUUCAAACACUUGAACUUCAACCUUUGAAAGUACGACCAGAUGAGGGCGACUCAAACACGCUAAAGGUCGCCCAACCGAUCCAGCCAAUGACGAGGAAACACAGACGUCAAAAAUCUAAAAGCAGAAGUCGAUCAUCUAGUCCAACAGGCAGUGAAGCAAAAAGUGAAAUUAAUAUCGUUGUUGAAGACUACGACAGAGAACAGGAAACGGGAACGAUUAAAACUGAACAGAUUCGCGUACCGAUUUUUGUAAGUUUGCUUAUAAUAGCAAUUUACAUUUUUAGCGGGGCAAUUAUGUUUUCCCUGUGGGAAAACUGGGACUAUUUGGAGGGUUCCUAUUUCUGUUUCAUAACCCUGAGUACGAUUGGCUUCGGAGACUACGUGCCAGGUUCGAUAAGCCGAACGGACAGCGCGGACAGUAGGAACAAGCUGAUCAUGUGCUGUGUGUAUCUGUUGUUUGGCCUGUCUGUCAUUGCAAUGUGCUUCAACCUUAUGCAAGAGGACGUUCGUGCAAAGUUCCGCUGGUUAGGCGUGAAAAUCGGUCUGCUAGACCACGUAUAAAAAAGGUGUUGCUCUAAAAACGACUAUGAAUGGUGUCAUGGUUUAAUGCACUUUAGAGCAUCUGAAUAAACAUACUGGUUCACGAUUCUGUAAAUAAUUAUAGGUUUUUGAAUAAUUUUCAUUUUUUAAAUAAUUUACUUUUUUAAGUCAAUUAUGUCUUGCACAAAAUAAGUUCAGCUACUUAUGUGCAUGGCAGCGUUUCGCACGUGUGAGAAUUUUCAAAAAAAUGUUAAUUUAGUGACGAUAUUUACGAUCCGUUAGGCAUUAACCUAAUUUGAAAAAGCAACCUUAUGCGUUAUGUGAUGAGUUAUUAUUAACGAAUGGGUCACUGAACGUGUCGUAAGUGAUAAUCACUCGCGAUUGUUUAAUGAUUUGCAGGAAAGCGUGUUAAGUGAUUACGAAAGAUGAGUUUCAAAAAUAAGAAGCGGACGAUUGUUGAGUAUUAAUGCACAGACGAAUAUAAAUUCAUAAGGCACUUACUAGUAUUAAGUAAUACGGCAGAGACGAAUACAUAGUGAUACGGAACGGACUGUUAUAAAGUAAUACGGUAGAGACGAAUAUAUUGUGAUAAGGAACGGACUAUAAUUAUAAAGUAAUGAGACGGAGGCAAAUAUUAAGUGAUACGGUACAGACGAUUAUAAAGUAAUUAUACACAGAUUAAUAAUAAGUGAAACGGAACAGACGAUUAUUACAAAAUAAGGCACAGACGAUUAUUGCUGUGAUAAGGUACAUUUGCAUUCUUAAUUGUGUGAUGCACUAUCCAUGCCGCACUAUAGGUACAAUGUAACUAGUUUUAAUGAAAGCGUUAUUUAUUAUUUGGUGUGCAUGGAGGCUGGUAAUAAACAUUACUGUUUGCAGUCACGGAUUUAGCGCUUUGUUGUUUUGUUUCGUCGUAAAAUAUGUAGUAAAUUGUUGAAUGAAGAUGGCUCUAUAUAAACCGCAUUUUAUUAUUACAAGGUGUAAAAGUAGCGGAUAGCGAUUCCCCAAAGGUUUGUGAGGAUUUACGUUAAAAUAGUUAACAUGUGAGCAUUGUUUUAAAUAAAUAUACGAUCGAAAAUGCGUCGCUGUGCAUGACUUUUUAUCAACGUUUUACAGUGCCAAAAGUAGUGUAUAGCAGUACAUCAUGAUGUUGGCUCAUGGCAAACAGCGAUUAAUUGUUGAAGCAAUUCUUUAUUUACUAAAUGAAUCUGAUAACAUAAACUUCUAAGACAAUUGUAACGGCAAACUGUUUACACAAACUUUAAUGACAGUAGCAUUGGCACUACAUUGUAUGUUUACAAUCACUUUAAAUCAGUACUACAUCAAACUUUUCCUAGUCAUCUUGUCUAGAGACAACACCAAGUUUUCUCAAGACGCAAUAGUUUGAAAUAAAGCUCUUGGGGUGAUGAAUCGUCCCAAAGAAAUGUUUACAGUAUGGAUAACGUGUAUAUACACAGCUGUGGAUGCUCCGCGAAUACCAAUCAUUCUUGCAAUAUGAACGCAAUAUGUUUAUAAAACUUUAAAUAUGACACUUUGUAUAUGCCCCGAACAACAAUAUUGGAAAUGCAUUCCGCUAAUAUUGUGACUUGUCUUUAACACGGUAAUGUGUUGACUGAGUUAUUGUAUAUGUUUUAAUGCUUUACAGAGAUUAUGAUAUGUUUCCUUGCUAGAUUGUAGAUGCAUGAAACGCUAAUGUUACGAUAAGGAAGAUGUACCAAACACAACGUUCAUGUACGUAUUUGUAACUAUGAGUUUUACAGGAUGUAAGUGUAUGUGCAUCAGUUGUACCACCAGAAUGAAUAUGAGAAAUAUGGGCAUUGAGGUGCUGCUUUGAGGAGGAUGUUUGAAAUCGAAAUAAUGUUACAGUGAUUUUCUUCCAUUAAAAAGAACUUAAACAUGUGAAAACUGAAUAAUAAUGGUGUAGCAUGUGUGUCCUACUCUUACAAUAUAUAUUGACAACUGC